AUGAAUUGUGACAGGGUGGUGUUCGCUGGUGAUUAUCCACCUUUGCCAUACGGUGCUCCUAUUGUUUCAUUCAGUCAACGUUGGUCUGGGCAGCAAUCAUUACCUACACAGAUAUUCCCAACAUAUGGUCUUCCACUAAAAGAACUUGACUUAUCACAUAAUAGUUUAAGACGGUUACCCGACCGUCUACUCUCUGGAGUCAGAGGGAACAUCACAAGACUGGUAUUGGCGGUCAACUUACUUGGGGAUAAUUUGAAUCCAAUCUUCUUAACCACGGAAUUCCACAAUUUGCCAGCGUUGGAAGAAUUAGAUCUUAGUGGAAACAGUAGUCAAGGUUUAGAAGAGGGUCUACUUAUUGGCUGUGAUGUUCUUAAGGGCUCUGUAAGUUUGAGGGAUUUGCAAGUCCACGAUCUCGGUCGUAACAUGCUAUCCAAGUUUAAAAGCGAUGUAUUUUUGGGAAUAGAAAACUUGGAAAAGUUAGAUCUCUGGGAAAACUUUAUAACAGAUUUCCCUACAGUUGCCAUGAAAUCUUUUACUGCUUUGCGGCAACUAAAUCUUUCCAGUAAUAUGAUUACGGUCUUUCCUAAUCUUAUUGAGCUUCGUGUGUAUGGCUACCCACGGGUAGGAUAUUUUGACAUGCAAGGCACAUUACAACACUUAUUUGCUUUGGAAAAAUUGGAUGUUGAAGUAAAAGAUACAAAAAUCGGGGCAGAUCAGCUUGCCUUUGCAUUACAUGCACGACUUGAAGAAUUAGGAAUACGUGGAGAUAGAUUAAAAACAAUUUCUUCGGGGGUGAUAGCUGUUUUGAAUUCUCCAUUUAUGAUAGUAAGAUUUAGAAAUACAUCAGUUUCAAGUCUGCAACCAGCUCUACUAUUUCCGUUGCCAAGAUCAUCUCAAAUAACAAUAGAUAUGGCUGGUAGUCAGGUAACAACGUUGCAACCACAAUUAUUGGUAGCACUUGAUGACCGGAGAGCAGAUCUUUCCAUGUUUGGUUUAGAUACAAAUCCUAUACGUUGCGACUGUAAUUACGCAACGCUCUUGCGUAGAUGGUUACCAAACGUAGGAGUAGAAGAUGUACAAUGUCAUUCUCCUGACUAUUUGGCUGGAUUUUUAUCAGUUGAAAUUGGUGACGAUGAACUGACGUGUGAUACGAGAAAAAGAACAACUCUAACGUCUUCUCCAAGCAGUUUAACAACUACAAAUUCACCACGUCUUGUUCAGAGAACUUCAGUGGAACCUGACAUAAUUUGGUCAGUAGCUCCAUCACAUGAGCGAGCAAAAUCGCCUGGAGAACCAAAAGGAGCUCCUGUAAUAGCUUCUUCUUCUAACGAUGACAAUCUAUAG